UCUCUGAAGAACUCGAUUUCCGAGACUUAAAAAAAUAAAAAGAACACAGAAAAAAUCCCUGAUUUCUCCGCUUUUCUCUUUGCAGCAUCCAAACCCUAAAAAAACCCUAGAAACAAAAACACCAUCCUCUAUCAAAAAGGAAAAAUCCCAACCCUCGGUUACUCGAAUCCUCCUUACCGGUCUACUCUACUACUUCCUCCCCAUGGGAGCGAGCCGAAAACUGCAGGGCGAGAUCGAUCGGGUCUUGAAGAAAGUCCAGGAAGGCGUUGAUGUAUUCGACAGUAUCUGGAACAAGCGUUUUCAGGUCUACGAUACAGAGAACGCGAAUCAGAAGGAGAAAUUCGAAGCUGAUCUGAAAAAGGAGAUCAAGAAGCUCCAGAGAUACAGAGAUCAGAUCAAGACAUGGAUACAGUCGAGUGAAAUAAAGGAUAAGAAGGUUAGUGCCUCUUAUGAGCAGGCUCUGCUGGAUGCUCGCAAGCUCAUCGAACGUGAAAUGGAACGGUUUAAGGUCUGUGAAAAGGAGACAAAGACAAAAGCCUUCUCAAAAGAAGGGUUGGGUCAACAACCUAAAACUGAUCCAAAAGAGAAGGCUAAGUCAGAGACUAGGGAUUGGUUGAACAAUGUGGUAGGGGAGCUGGAAUCUCAGAUUGAUAACUUUGAAGCUGAGGUUGAAGGGCUUUCUGUGAAGAAAGGAAAGACAAGGCCACCUCGACUGACUCAUUUAGAGGCAUCUAUCGUUCGGCAUAAAGCUCAUAUAGUGAAGCUGGAAUUGAUACUAAGACUACUGGAUAAUGAUGAGUUAAGCCCUGAACAGGUCAAUGAUGUUAGAGAUUUCCUUGAGGAUUAUGUUGAACGCAAUCAGGAGGAUUUUGAUGACUUUAGUGAAGUUGAUGACCUUUACAACACUUUACCAUUAGACAAGGUGGAAUCAAUUGAAGAUCUGGUUGCAAUCGCCCCCCCUGCUCUUGUCAAGGGGGUUGGUUCUGUUUCUACAGCUAGUGCAGUUUUAGGCUUAAAGACUUCUAUUGCAACUUCACCAACUCCAUUAUCUGUCACAUUAACACCUAGCUCUCAGCAGAGUACCUCCAUUCAGGAACAAGCUGAAGAGACAGCUUCCCAGGACAGUAAUUCUGAUAUUGCUCCAAGAAAUCCGUUUUCUAAAAAUGGCAUAACGGGUUCUUCAGUUUCCACAGCUACUGCUGGCACUGGUUCUGGUACGCCAACAGGUACAAACACAAGCAUUGCUUCGAGCAACAUCUCUGGUCGCAACUUGGUUGGUGGAUCAACUGCUUCAGCAAUCCUUUCAGGUCCAGUAUAUGUCAAGGGUAGCAUGGAGAACUCAGUUGCUCCUGCUUUAUCAUCUCCUAUAACUUUGGCUACUUCAGCAAAGGAGGAUGAAAACACAAGCUUUCCUGCCCGUCGAGCAUCUCCAGUUCUCACUGAUAUUGGAACGGGGAGAGGUAUUGGCAGAGGCUCUGUUCUUGGAGGUGCAUCCAGCCAAGCAUCUACUGUUCCUUUGAGUUUGAGUUCUGGCAGUGGAAUACCAAGCAAUGGAGCCCUUGGUGCAGGUCCUGCAGUCUCUGAUUUGACAAAGAGGAACAUUCUAGGGGCUGAUGAGAGAAUUGUAAGUGGUAGUCCUGUGGCACAGCCACUUGCUUCCCCACUGAGCAAUCGAACGCUCUUGCAGCAAGUCUCCAAGGCUACUGAUGUAACAGGUUCAGCUGAUCCUAAUAACAUUCGAGAAGGUGCUAUAAUAGGCGGAAGAGUUUUCUCACCUUCACCAGUUACUGGAGUACAAUGGAGACCUCCCAGUGCAAGUUCAUUUCAAAACCAGAAUGAAAUGGGACAGGUUCGUGGAAGAACUGAGAUUGCGCCUGAUCAGAGGGAGAAAUUUUUGCAGCGGCUCCAGCAAGUCCAGCAACAAGGUCAUAGCUAUCUUCCACUCCAGUUAAAUUCUCAAAGCUCAUCUCUAUCACAUCAAGUUGGUCUGGGACUUGGAGCUCAGUCUCCGAUGGGUCUGAAUGCUGUCACAUCUUCCUCAUUACAGCUGCAAAAUGCUAUGCAUCAGCAAUCUGCUCAGCAUGCAGAUACUGGCAAUGUGAAAGUAGAAGACCAGCAGCAGCAACAGAAUUCAUCUGAUGAUUUAAAUGUGGAAUCUGCUACAAGUACUGGACUCAACAAGAACCUCAUGAAUGAGGAUGAUUUGAAGAGCCCAUAUGCAGUAGAUACACCUGCUGUAGGUUCUGGCCCUUUAACAGAAGCUACCCAAGUGCAUAGAGAUAUUGAUCUCUCUCCUGGACAACCUUUACAACCAAACCAAUCUUCAGUUGGGCUUGGUGUCAUUGGUCGAAGAAGUGUUUCAGACCUUGGUGCCAUCGGUGAUAACAUUAUCGGAUCAACUGGAAAUUCUGGAGCAAUUCACGAUCAAUCAUACAACUUGCAAAUGCUUGAUGCUGCCUAUUACAAGCUUCCUCAACCCAAAGAUUCAGAACGUGCAAAGAACUAUAUUCCAAGGCGCCCUGCAAAGACUCCUCCCAGCUACCCUCAAGUGCAGGCACCGAUUGUUGACAAUCCUGCAUUCUGGGAACGGUUAGGUGCUGAUACUUCGGGUACAGAUACCCUGUUCUUUGCUUUUUACUAUCAACAGAAUACUUACCAGCAAUACUUAGCUGCGAGAGAGUUGAAAAAGCAGUCCUGGAGAUACCACCGGAAAUAUAACACGUGGUUUCAACGGCAUGAGGAGCCGAAAGUCACAACUGAUGAAUAUGAGCAGGGAACGUAUGUGUACUUUGAUUUCCACAUUGCAGAUGAUGACUUGCAGCAUGGAUGGUGCCAGAGAAUCAAGACUGAGUUCACAUUUGAGUAUAGUUAUCUUGAAGACGAGCUCGUUGUAUAGCUUUACGGGAGUAUAACCUUUUAGUAACCAGCAAUUGAGGUUUUAGGCUCAGCUGAUACAGUGGAUGAUUGAUUGGCAGUGCGAUGGCGAAUCAAGCAACUGCAGCCGUGUACAUUUGUUGUCAUUUCCAUUCUCCCAUUCGUUUUUUAAUAUGUUAAUUCCAAAAUAGCCACUAACUCUCACAAAAUGAAACACUGGUGUUGUCUCUCUCCCCCUUUUUAAGUGGGCUAUAAAAUAGUUCUCCUUGUUGCA